AUGUGUAAUGCUCGUAAAUGUGCUGACACAUCUUCAUCCUGCGACAUGGCUGGCACCUGUAUUGGAGGAUGCCAAGGUGGUUGGAAGAACUCGGACUGUACUGAGGCAUGUGAACCUAAUGUCAAAUAUGGUCCAAACUGUACCAAGAUGUGUAAUGCUCGUAAAUGUGCUGACACAUCUUCAUCCUGCGACAUGGCUGGCACCUGUAUUGGAGGAUGCCAAGGUGGUUGGAAGAACUCGGACUGUACUGAGGACACUUAUGAAUGUCAGAAUGGAGAGAGUACGUGCGACACAAACGCUGACUGCAAGAAUACACCUGGAUCGUACACGUGCACCUGUCGAGAUGGAUAUACUGGAGAUGGACGAACAUGCACAGAUGUGGACGAGUGUAGUGGUCAGAACCUGUGUGAUAAAAAUGCCAAUUGUACAAAUACAGACGGGUCGUAUACAUCAUGUCAAGCCAAUGUAACAUAUGGUCAUAACUGCAGGAAAUUAUGCGACAAUCGUAAAUGUGCUUCUACAGUUUCACCAUGCAAUCCACAGAAUGGUUUCUGCGAUGGAGGAUGCCAAGUAGGAUGGAAUGGAUCAGAUUGCACACUUGAUAUCGACGAGUGCCUUGCACAGACAACGUGUGGUACCAAUGCCAACUGCACUAAUACGGAUGGAUCAUACACGUGUACAUGUGCAGAUAUUCCACUGAAAACUACUGAUGAAGAAACUGUUACUAUUGUUUGGCCUGCGAUAACGGGGAUAUUGGUUCUUCUUUUUAUUAUCUCGGUUAUUAUUAACAUCAGAUUUGUCAUUCGGGAUAGAAAGCGAUCAAAAUCGGCCGACUCUAAGGUAAAAUUUUCAGACAUAAGACAAGAUAAUAAAAACCAAGCAACUUCAGUUUAUGAAGAUGUGCAUAAUGACAACACAGAUGAGAGGUCUCGUUCUGAACUCCGCAAUCGUUCAUCUGGGCUUAGACGGCCAGGUACACAUGAAGAACAUGAUUACCAAAACGCACCAGGAAUGGCGGAAAACGACUCUCACGGAACAAACACGUAUGACAAGUUGGAUAUGGAUGUCACUGGCGAGCGGUCUCCAUACGAGAAGUUAAAUGUGUAAAUGUGGAAAGCACAUUCGCUUAUUGAUGGUACUAUUCAUUACAAACAAAUUUUAUUCUGGGUUCUUGUUACAGGACAACAUCUAUCAAACAAACAUCCCAGUAAGAGAUCCACUGUUGUUUCGAAGAGAAAGGACACUUUUAAUAGAUAAAAUCCACUGAGUAACGUAUUACAUUUUGUUUUAAUAAAACGUAAAUUAACUAUAUAUUAACAAUGAUCAACUCUGUUAACGCACACUUUAAUGCAUUACUGUUGGCAACAUUGGAAACAUAAAUGCUACGUCCAGCGAUUUGUAUAUGGGUUUUUUUACGUACACAUGCAUACAAUAUGUAUGUUUGUAGGUAUGUGUGUAUAUGUGUGUUUGUAUUCAUGUAUAUAUGUAGGCUGUAGUAAAGUAGGUAUGUAUGUAGUUAGGUAUGCAUAUAUGUGUAUUCAUGUAUAUAUGUAGGUUGUAUGUAUGUAUGUAUGUAUGUAUGUAUUAUAUAUAGUCUCUUUAUGCAGUACACAAUAAACACGUCUAAAUAGCUUGCUGACAAUUCUUCUAUUUUUAAUGUAUUAGAAACUGUUGGCUAGAAAUAUAAAAAUGCGUGAAAUUGAUUAACGGGAAAUCUUACUAUUCGGUCAUUACAUCUUCUUGACAUUUUCACAUAUUGUAAAGAUAUCCUUAUGUUACUUAAAUGUACAAAAACAACAACAACAACAACAAAAAACCCUCAAACAACAACCAUAGAUCAUUAUUUAAAUAAUAAACAACAAUUCAUUUUCGUGCAUGUAGAUUUGAUUGGACACUUUCUUAUAUGUAGUAACUGUCUUGGAUGAUCAUCUGCUUAUAUCACCGUGUUUGUUUGUUUGUUUGUUUUGUUUUCCAAAGUAUUAAUAAUGUUCAAAACUCGGAAUAUAUACUCAACAAAGUAAGUUAAGGAUCAUUAGAAAAAUCCGCAUUUUUUCUUAUAAUAUAUGGUACAAAAUACGAAAACAAAAACCCAUCAUGUGUAAGAUUUGUGCCUGCAUCAGUGCGAACAU